AUCAUAUUUGAUAGCUGAACGUCCUAGAUAGAUUGGAAGAAAUUUUAUUUGAUUUACCUGAGAAAAAAUUGAAUUUGUUAUACGAACAAAUGUUUGUGGUCAUUCUUCGCUCUAAAUAAAGAAUAAUAAAAAAAUGUUCGAACUCGAAACAGGAGCCAUAAAAGAACUACGUUUUAUUCUUUAGAUACAUUCACGUAUUGAGUAUUUAUUCGUUUUAACAAUGAAUCAGUGAUACGGAUGAUUAUGUGUACGAACGAAUUCAGUAAAGUAGUACCAGUGUAAACAGGAAUAUUGUAGUUUAAAGAUAAAUCUAAUGCCAAUUAGGAACUUUAUCCAACAGGCUUUUUUGUAGACUGAAACUGUAAUACAAUGGACUGCCGUCGAAUAUUAUUUUUAUUUAUAAGUCUAGAGAUUUUUCUAAUAAGUGGACACACGAAGGAUAUUUUAGAAGAUGAAUUUAACAUUCAAGAUGACUUUACUUCCGAAAAUUACCGAUUACCGACAACGAUGCAUCCAACUUCAUAUGAAAUUAUUCUGUUUCCUAAUCUAACGGGAAAUUUUUCAUUCUACGGUGAAGUAAAAAUCAACAUUACAGUUGAUGCACCUACCAAAUACAUUGUUUUUCAUCAAGGAAAUCUCUUUAAUAUAAAUACGUCGAUUAGUACUGAGAAUAAAUGGUUAGAAAUCGCGGAACAACGUUAUGAUGUAAAAACUGAAAAAUAUAAUAUUGAGUUGAAAGAAAAUCUCAAAGUAGGAAAUGAAAUACUAUUGCAUUUCAUUUACUAUGGUUUUCUUCGAGACGAUAUGAUUGGAUUUUACAAAAGCUCCUAUAUGACCAACGACAAUAAGCUUCGGUGGUUAGCAAUAACUCAAUUCCAAACGACACACGCGAGGCAUGCUUUUCCAUGCUUCGACGAGCCGAGUUUCAAAGCGACAUUCAAGAUAAGUUUAAUACGAUCAAAAGAAUUUAACAGCAUCAGUAACAUGCCUUUGGAAAAUACCAAACAAAUUUCGUCAAAUUUGUACCUGGACACUUUCAAGACAACCGUUCCUAUGUCCACGUAUCUUGUAGCCUUCGCCAUAUUCGAUUUCCAUUCCCUUGAAGUAGGAAGGCUGGCAGUUUGGACAAGACCAGAUAUGAUCCAUCAAGCUCAUUACGCUUCGAAGAUCGCUUCUAACACAUUGACCUAUAUGACAAAUUUGUUUCAACAACAAUAUGAACUACCGAAGAUGGAUAUGGUUGCAGUACCUGAUUUUUCGGCAGGAGCUAUGGAAAAUUGGGGAUUGAUUACGUAUCGAGAAUCACGAUUGCUCUAUAAUGAGAACGAAUCUUCUAUAGUCUCUCAACAAAAUGUAGCUUCUGUUAUUAUUCACGAGAUUACGCACAUGUGGUUCGGUAAUUUGCUUACUCCAUCUUGGUGGAGUUACUUAUGGUUGAGCGAAGGUUUCGCCAGAUACUUUCAAUAUUUCGGUACAGCACAGAUAGAGAAAACUUGGAGUAUGGAGGAUCAAUUCCUAGUGGAACAAUAUCAAGCUGCCUUGGGUUUUGAUGGAAUAGAAACAUCAUUACCAUUGACAAGAGAAAUUAUUAACCAAUCGCAAGUGAGUGGAAGUGGAGAUUCCAUCACUUAUUCCAAAGGGGCCAGCAUCAUUCGUAUGAUGAGUUACAUCGUUGGUAUUGACAAAUUCUAUGAGGCUUUACGCUUAUACAUUCGUCAGAACAAAAACGUGGGUAUCGUCGAACCUAAAAACUUGUGGAUAGCGUUGCAAAAAGUCAUCGACUCUUCGCAUAUUGAUAUAGAAACUAUUAUGAAUAGUUGGACGAAGAAGUCAGGAUUUCCUGUAUUAACAGUUACCAUGGAAAAGGGUAAAGCAAAGCUACAUCAAAAACGUUUUCUUUUAAGAAAUCUCAAAUCCACAUUUGUAAAUGAAACAUGGUCGAUACCGAUUACUUAUACUACGCAAAAGCAAACAGAUUUCAAAUCGAUCGAGAUAAAACACUGGAUGAAAGAUGAAGAAAAAACGAUCAAUAUUGAUGUUUCUGAUUCGGAUUGGAUAGUGUUCAACAUACAACAAGCUGGAUUCUAUCGAGUAAAUUACGAUAAUGCUUCGUGGUAUCGAAUUAUCGAUGUGUUGAAAAGCGAUAGUUUUACAAAAAUACACGUAUACAAUCGAGCAGGCAUCAUCGAUGAUCUGUUAAAUCUCGCGAGAACUGGAUCAUUAGAUUAUCGAACGGCUCUCGACGGUCUUGAAUAUCUUCAACAAGAGAAAAAUUACUUACCUUUCAAAGCUGCAUUCAGAGCGCUUGAUUAUCUCACUCAACGAUUUUCCGGUGAUGAAGUUAAUUACGUUUUGUACAAGAAACACGUUUUAUCGCUCAUCGAAGGUGUUUAUCAGACCCUCGGAUAUGUAGAUCGAAAAAAAGAUGAUCGAUUAACGGUACAGCUACGACAAGAAUUGAACGACCUCGCUUGCAAAUUCGGCCACGAAGAAUGCAUUGUUAGUUCUUUGGAAUAUUUCCGUGGUUGGAUAAACGCAGCUUCCCGGAUUGAACCGAAUCAAAGAUCGGCAGCAUAUUGUAUGGGUGUACUUUAUGGUAAUGUCGACGAUUGGAACUACUUGUGGAAUCAUUACAAAACUUCGAAAGUGGUAUCCGAACAAUUGGUUGUUCUAAGUGCUCUUGGAUGCAGCAACAAUACCGAUAUUUUGAAACAGUAUCUCGAAUAUGCCAUUUCACCUUACGAAAAACACAAAAUUCACAAACAGGACAGCACGAGUGUUUUUUCGACCGUUUAUAGUUCGAGUUUAAUCGGAGUGAACUGCGUUCUCGAAUUCGUCGAUAAAAAUCACAAUAAAAUGGCAGAGUAUUAUGGUGGUUACAAUACGAUCGCCAGCAUAUUGUCAGGUGCAUCGCGAUAUCUCUCGACGCAAGAACUCAUAAACAAGUUCGAACGCUUGAUCAAAAACCACUCGGAAUUUACGGAGAUUUAUAAAUCUUUGGUGAAUUCUCUGGAACUCGCUAAAUACGAAUUAAUUUGGUAUAAAAAAAAUGUUGAUCACAUUGUUUCAUGGAUAAAGGAUAAUAAUAAAGUGCCUGACAAUCAAAAUAGAAAUGAAUAUCGUCUACCGGGAGAUGUAGUUCCGAAGAAAUAUAUUCUUUCUUUGGAACCUUUCCUCGACCCAAGCAAUUUCACGUUCAGUGGUAAAGUGCAGAUUCUGGCGGUGACCACUAAGAAAACGAAUCAAAUUGUUCUUCACACUUCCAACAUUACCGUAUACAAUGUUUACGUCUUGGUUAGUAACAAGGAAGUCAAUGUUAUUAAAUACUAUACAGACAAGAAUGAUUUCUUCGUGAUUAAGCUUGAACAAACGUUCGACGAUAAAACGGAAAUGAACAUCGUUAUACAAUUUACGGGCGAGCUGAAUAAAGAUAUGAGAGGAUUUUACAGGAGUUAUUACAUCGACAAAAAUGGAAAAAAGAGAUGGUUAGCUGCCACUCAAUUGGCACCGAUUGGAGCUAGAAGAAUGUUUCCAUGUUUUGAUGAACCCGCGAUGAAAGCUAUCUUUUCUGUGGAUGUUCUCGUACCGUAUGAUUAUCACGCUAUUAGUAAUACCAAGAUCAUAGGAAUCAAAGAUUAUUCCGAUACUCAAAAAUAUUGGUAUACUUUUGAAGAAACAAAGUUGAUGUCAACAUAUCUUUUGGCAUUAGCCAUUACCGAUUUCGAUUACAUGAAUGAUACUAUAAACCAAAAAAAUUAUAUCGCAUGGACCCGUCCAAAUGCACUUAAUGAAAUUUCUUAUGCUUUCUCUCUCAUGGAACCUUUUGUAAAAACUUACGAACAACAUUUGAAGCAUAAUUAUACAUUGAACAAACUCGAUAUAAUAGCUUUAUCAGAUCUAGCCUACGGUGCUAUGGAAAACUGGGGCCUUAUUACGUUUAGAGAAGACAAACUGCUUUUUCAUUCGAAUGUAUCGAAUGUCCGUGUUAAGCAAACUGUAACUACUGUGCUAUCUCAUGAAAUUGCCCAUCAGUGGUUCGGAAAUUUAGUGAGUCCUCUUUGGUGGAACUACAUUUGGCUAAACGAGGGCUUCGCUACAUAUUUUGAAUACUUCGGUAUAUCUUAUCAAAAACCUGAAUGGGAAUUAGAAUGGCAAUUCGUCGUCGACAAGCUUCACUCUGCCUUUAAAAGCGACGCUUUAGCAUCCAGUCAUCCUAUGACUUACAAUGUUCAAAGCCCUACAGAAAUAAAAAAUAUUUACGAUAGCAUUUCUUACGCCAAGGCUGCAAGUGUGAUAAGAAUGAUCGAAAAGACUUAUGGCAGUGAUGUCUUUUACGCUGCUCUGCGCCAAUAUCUCGAAGCACGCAAAUUCAAUGUAGCAACACCAGAUGAUCUCUAUGCGGCUAUCUCCAGCCAAUUACCCGACCAAACGUCAGCAAAAAGAAUAAAUAAAUUUCUGGAUUCAUGGACAACUCAAGUUGGAUAUCCGGUCGUUAACGUUACGAUCGAUUCAUCAGGUUGGGCGACUCUUUCUCAAGAGCGCUUUUUCUUAAGAAAUGAAAAAGGUGAAUCCGUCGACAAAAUUUGGCAAAUACCGAUCACGUGGACGUCCGAAAAAAAUUCGAAUUUUGAGAAUACGAAACCACAAUUUUGGCUAAAUUAUGCUGAAAUGCGCGUAAUGACGGACAACAAUGUAGGUUGGAAAAUUUUUAAUGUUCAACAAGCUGGUUACUAUCGUGUAAAUUAUGAUAGAUCUAAUUGGAAGCGUAUCAUCGACGUUUUGAAUACAGGAAAAUUCGAGAAGAUACACAAGGUGAAUCGCGCCGCGUUAAUAGACGAUCUCAUGAAUCUUGCUAGGGCUGGAUAUGUCGAUUAUGAUCUCGUUUUCUCAGCAACAGAAUAUUUGCAAUACGAAAACGAUUAUUUACCGUUGCGAGCAUUUUUCAAUGGGUUGACGUACUUGCAUAACAAAUUCGAGGGACAAGAAGUCUUCGCGCUUUUGAAAAAACAUGUCAAGAAAAUAACUCAGAUGAGUAUAGACUUAACUGCUAAAAUAUCAUCGGAAACUUUCUCGUCCCAUACGUAUUAUCUUUCAAAAAUGGAAAGAUAUAAGUGGAGCUGUAAAUAUAAAAUUGGUUAUUGCCUCGAAGUAGCUUUAAUUUAUUUGAAGAACCCAAAACAUAAGGUACCAGUAAAUGAUCGACCUGCUAUAUAUUGUGUAUGGGCUACAAAAUCAGUUGGCUGGGAUAUUCUUUGGCAAUCAUAUUUAAAUUCCACGAUCACGUCGGAAAAGCUUGUAAUUCUUAAUGCAUUGGGUUGUUCCGAAAAUACUGAUAAAUUAAACAAGUUAUUAUCUAAAGCAACAACGAAGAAUUCUGAAAUACAAUAUAAAGACAGCACUGCGGUAUUCGCUUCCAUUUAUGAAAACUCCUUAACCGGUGUUGAAACUGUUAUGAAGUUUAUGGAAAUGAAUUUUGAUGAUAUUUAUCAAUAUUACAACGAUGAGUCGGCAAUCAAAAGUAUUAUGAGUGGACUCGCGGAAAGAAUAUCAACAAAACAGCUUUAUGAACAGUAUACAAAUUUGGUGGAUUUGAUCGCAACGAAACAACCAACGUUAAACAAUUUUUUGAAAUCAUAUCACGAUCUCGUGCUUUAUGAAUUGGAUUGGUAUAAAAGGAAUAAACUACAGAUAUCAUAUUAUUUGGAGAAACUUUAUCCAAAUAAUAGUAAUCGUUUACCAACAAUACUUUAUCCGCUUAAUUACAAUCUCUCGAUUGCCAUAAAAGAAAGUAGAAACUUUACGGGAUCGGUUAAAAUAAAUAUUCGAGUCGAUAAACCAACGUUCCAAAUAGUUCUCAAUGCCCAUAAGCUCCAGAUUUCGAACGUCGUCGUUUAUGAAACUCCUAAUGAUGCUUCUGACAAAAAUGUGAAACGCUUUGAGAUCCUCGAUGUCGUACAACUCGAUAAAAGUCAAAAGCUAAUCAUUUACUUAAAAACCUAUAUCGAGGUAACAAAAGUAACUGUAGAAAUGGAUUUUACUGGAGAAAUUAAUACACAAAUGAAAGGCUUGUAUCGGUACAACGAUGUGUAUAGCAAAUCCUACAAUUACUUAGCCACUUACUUCAAACCAAAUUAUGCCAGAAUGGUAUUUCCCUGCUUUGACGAGCCAGCUUUCAAAGCAAAGUUUAAAAUUCACAUUUUACGACAUAAUUCAUAUAAAAGUUUAAGUAAUACGGCUCUUGAGAGAUCCUUGAAUUUUACUGACUUGGACUAUACGUGGGAUAUUUACAAAGAAAGUCGAAUCAUGUCUACGUAUUUAUUGGCUUUCGUUAUUUCUGAUUUUGGACCAGUUAGAAACGGGCAAGAAAGACUUAAUGUUUGGGCGAGAAAAGAUAUCAUUAUAUAUGGCGAUGAAGCACAGUAUACCAUUUAUAAGUUAUAUAGAAAUAUUAGAAAUCUUAUAACACUGUUGGAAAAAUCAGAAAAAGUAGAGAUAGUAGGACUGCUAAACUUCCCUGUAAGGGCAAUGGAAAAUUGGGGUCUUUUUAUAUUCAGGGAAUCUCAACUCUUCUACGACCCCAAUAUCGUACCUUUGUCGCAAUAUUAUUCUAUAUUAACUACGAUGUCGCACGUAAUUUCUCAUGAAUAUUUUGGAAAUUUAGUUACUUGCGAAUGGUGGUCUUAUAGUUGGUUGAACGAAGGUUUAGCCCAAUAUUUCCAAUGGUUAAUCACAGAGCAGGAAAUAUAUAGAAACGAUAUUAAAAAUAUGUUUGUCGUUAAUGAUAUGCACGAUGUGUUAGACUUCGAAGAUUUAUUAUUUAUAAGUCACCCCGUUUCGGCUCCUAGAAAUCUAAGGGAAUCAUUCGAUAAAAUUUCGUACAAAAAAGGCGCUAGCAUUAUCCGUAUGCUGCAUAUGCUCAUUGGAAAUGUAAAUUUUUAUUCCGCUAUUAACAAUUAUGUCAUCAAGAAUAAAAACGGAAUAGUUAAUCCCAGUAAACUUUGGGAAGCGUUUCAACCAUUUAUGAAAAACGUUUCUUUAGAAACUACAAUGAAUGAAUGGAUCGGUAAAUCUGGAUAUCCCAUCGUAUCUGUAUAUUUAAAUUCGUCGUCAGGAUUACUUCAAUUUAUUCAGGAAAACUGUAUGUAUAUCACUUGUACAAACGUCAACUUUCACAUUCCCAUUAGUAUGGCUACCGAGCUCAAUCCAAAUUUCGAAAAUACUACGUCCCAAUAUUGGUUGAAAAAUAAAUCAGGUUCAAUUCAAACCAAUUUGAGAAAUAAUUGGGUCGUAAUAAAUGUUCAGCAAAGUGGGUAUUAUAGAGUAAAAUAUGAUACUCAGUUAAUGAAUAGAAUAAUAGAUGUUUUGAAUAGCAAAGAUUAUGGCUUAAUUCAUGUAAUAAAUCGUGCACAAAUUAUUGACGAUACCUUCUAUUUGGCCAAGAAGAACAAGAUAAGGUUGUCCACAAUUUUUGAAGUGUCACUUUAUUUGCGUGAAGAAAGUGCACAUUUACCUUGGAAAGCGUUCGGAAAAAACAUUAAUAAUCUCUGGGAACAGAUAAGAGAUUUGGGAAAUAACACAGCUUUUAAGAAAUAUGUGUUAUAUUUAACUGAUCAACAUGUCAAAAGGCUUGGAUUUAAUGAUACUUCGGAUGAGUUUAAUAAGUUGAAUAAGGAAGACCAGUUGAACAGAGAAUUAAUACUUUCGUUAAAUUGUAAAUUCGGAGGUGAAGUUUGCGUCUCCCAAUCGAAUAAGUACUUUGUACAGUCUAAAAAAAUUCCACCAAAUGCCAAACCUGCAGUUCUUUGCACAAUCAUAAAAAAUGGCAAUGAGAAUACUUGGAUGUAUUUAUGGUCAGCCUAUAAAAAGAAGAAUCUACGUGCAGAACAAAUUCUAUACUUAGAUGCUUUAGGAUGUACGGAAAAUUCUAAUGCUAUAAACACUUACCUUAGUUACAUCUUUAACGAAUAUCGAUUAGGAUACGUACGAAAAGAAGAUAUUCCAAGAGCCUUUGCUUCAAUAUACAAAUCUAGCGAAAAAGGAUGGAAAGAAUGUUACGAAUAUAUAAUGAAUCAUUAUUUGAGUAUUUAUGAUGAAUUGGGUGAUUGGGACGAAGUUGCAGAAUUAUUCAUUGAAAUCAUACUUCGUAUUAAAGAUAAUAAUAUACUUGAUAAGUUUAAAUUCUUUGUAAAAAACAACCAAAAAAAUCUUGAACCAAUUUCGACCAAACUGCUUGCAGCUGUAAACAUAGCAGACUAUAAGAUAAUAGAUAAUACAAGUAUCAGAUUCCGUAUACAAAUGAUAUUGGAAGAUAUGUUUCAUAAAAUUGAAAACAACCAUCAUUCCAAAACUAAUUCAGGGACUCGAAAUUUAAACAUCGUUUUUCUUAUUAUCAUGUCUUUUAUGUUACUUUUUAUAUGAUAAUAGAAAUAAUUUUGUUUAAUAUCGAAAAUUCCCUGUAUGAGAUUUCCAAAAGAACGAAAGCCAAGUAAUGUUACAACAAUUAAAUCGAAUGUUUCAUAAUAAUAACAUCGAAUCUAGCUUCUUGGCUAUUUUUAUAAAUAUAUAAAUCUAUACGUAUAAAAUAAA